AUGCAAAGAAACCAGACUUAUGAGCUUUAUUUCAUCAUUAAAGGGAUAUCAGAUGAUCCAAGUCUUCAGUUUCUCAUCUUCCUUUUGGUUCUUCUCAUGUAUCUCAUCACCCUAUGUGGUAACAUCACCAUUCUUUUUGCUUGCCGGGACCCCAAUCUCCAUACUCCCAUGUACUUCUUCCUGGGCAACUUGUCCAUAGUAGAUAUAUGUUGUUCUACAGUCUCUUUGCAUAAGAUCUUAAUCAACUAUAUUUCCGGGAAUAAAAUGGUUUCAUUUUUAGCUUGCAUGUCGCAGAUGUUCAUGUUCGGAUCCUUUCAAGGUCUUGAGCUGUUCAUACUCACAGCCAUGAGUUAUGAUCGCUAUGUAGCCAUCUGUAUGCCUUUGCGCUAUCACAUGGUUAUGAAUAUUAGGGUGUGUGCUAUAAUGGCUUCUGUCUGCUGGGUGCUGGCAUUUGUGCAAAACAUUCCCCCGGUUGGUAUGGUAUACAACUUGACUUGCUAUUUUUCCAUUGAAAUCAACCACUUCUUUUGUGACAUUAUUCCUGUGAUACAAAUUUCCUGCAAUGACACCUCGGUUGUGGAAAUGCUGUUUUUCAUAGAGGGCUUCUUUCCUAUUCUUGUUACUCCUCUUGUUCUCACUUUUAUUCCCUACAUUUUUAUAAUAUCUGCCAUACUGAAGAUCCGUUCUGCGAGUGGCAGACGUAAAGCCUUCUACACAUGUUCCUCACACAUCACGGUCGUCAUACUGCUGUCCACAACACUUUUCAGUCAAUAUCUGACACCAAACAUUAGCAGCACCUUGGAGGCCAAAAAAUGUUUUGCUUUAUUUAACACAGCUGCUGUCCCUAUGCUCAACCCACUGAUCUACAGCUUAAAAAAUAAAGAUGUGAAAAAAGCUCUCAAAAGGUGUAUGGCCAAAGUUAAAUAA